UUAUUCAAGCUCAGGUUGUAAAUACAAGCUAUUUUAGUUAUAACAGAUUGAGUCCGUUUUGCUAGCUAACUUGGCUAGAUGGCUAACUAAAAGACAGCUUAAUCUGGGUUCCACUGUGUUAACAGGUUCUUCCUGUAUUCAAAAAUAAUAAUUGCGCUGUUUGCUAUGAGCGAACUGCGAACGUUGAAAAAGUAACUUGGAUUGUAUAAUGUUUGCUAACAUUGCAGGCAGUGAGUUACGGAUGGCAAUGAACCUCACAUUUAGCAAGCUAGGAUACCUUAUUCUCGAUGUUAGCUAGCCUACUGUCAAAAAGACGACCUUAAUAGCUUCUCUUUUUUUUGACCCGGAUGCUUCGAAGGAGACCAUAUGCUUGCCUACACUCCCUAAUCAAUCAAGAAGCUGCAGCAAUGAGCGUUGAUAGCCUAUAGGAUUAUGCAUUCCAAAUUAACUAAUUAUUUAACUCCUGCAUUCAUGCCGUCCUUUCUACUCCCAUGCUUGAAAAGGCCGUCAUGUUCACAUGUGAAAUUUGCGGGGAGGACGUGCCCUCAGAAUCGGAGAUGAGGUCACACCUGCUCCUUGGUCACCUGGAGGCCCAGGUGAGAUGCCCUCUCUGUUCGCUGGCAGGCGUGUCCUACGACGAGCUCCAGCUCCACAUCAACACAGCCCACGCAGAGGAAGGGCUCCAGCAACAGCCAAAAUGCACCAACACAGGGACUUGCCAGACUGGUGCCGGACCUCACCUAAGGUGUUCGCUGGCCUCCAACAAAGGCACGAGGGGUGUGCCCAGCUGUAAUGGUGCGCCCAAUACGGACAGCUCUAACCGAGUAGCCAGUGUGGGUAUUUCAGAUGGCUCGUCCAAUGAGGGCUGCUCUAACAGGGUGUCCAGUGGUGGUACUUCAAAUGUCUCAUCCAAUGCAGCCAGCUCUAACAAGGUGGCCAAUGGUAACAUUUCUGACAAAGUAACGGACAGCCCUAGGGCAGAGUGUUUGUCACAUCAGAACAAAGCCUGUAUGAAUGGACAUUCCUGCACUCCGCAAGGGGAGAGUAUGCACACUCACAACAGUGAAGCGGACCAGGAACCCGUCAAAACAAAACAUAAACGCCUGUCCUCACCCAGGAAAGAUAAGCUCCUUCCCUGCCCACUGUGUUCUUCGGUGUUCAGUGACUGCUUCAUCCUGCAGGAACAUGUAGAGCUGCACCUGCAGGACAAAAAUGUGAUGGAAGGUGAUCUUGCUCAGGGUUUCAAGUGUCCCAUGUGUUCUCUGACCUGUUCUGACGGCAGCGCUCUGCAGCUGCACGUGGAGCUCCACCUAGAAGCUGGAACAGAGAGCAGCCACUCCGACAUGCAGCUGGCCAGGCGACUUCAGCAGGAAGAGGACGCGAGGAGGAAGGCAGAGGAAGACAAACGAGAGGCAGCGGAGUUCAAAAAGCUGCAGAAGCAGUUUGGCCUGGACAGCAGAGGGGGCUAUCGCAGACAGAUUGAGAGGAACAUGGAGAAGGCUGUGUCCCGUGGUCAAAUGGCCCCUGCAGAGUUCCACAGAAAGAGGGUGGAGGUGAUGGAGUCUCUGGCCUCGGGGGUAGAUAAUGGAAAGACCAGAACAUCGGGUUUGAUAGCUGCCUUAUAUGAGUGUUACCAGAGGGAGGGGUCUGACAUUGCCCACGUGUGGCUGAGCUCGGAAACUGACCACUACUGUUCAUCUGAUGGGGACCAGGGCUGGGGGUGCGGCUACAGGAACUUCCAAAUGCUGCUUUCAUCGCUCCAUAAGAUUGAGGUUUACAAAGGCUGUUUCACUGACGGAACAGUCCCCAGCAUCCCCCGAGUGCAAGCCCUUAUAGAGGAGGCCUGGUGUAAAGGGGUAGAUCCCCAGGGGGCUUCUCACUUUGACCGCAAGCUGCAGGGUUCGUCUGCCUGGAUAGGGGCUACCGAAAUCUACUCUCUCUUCACCUCCUUUGGAGUCAGGGCUCGUAUUGUGGACUUCCACCAGCCCACCGGCCCAGGGAACACCCACCCCCAGCUUUUUGAGUGGGUGAAGAGGUACUUCUCUGUCUCAGCCAGCAGGGGUACUAGACUACCCCCCCGGGUGGUGCAGACCACACAACCCCCCAUAUACCUGCAACACCAAGGUCACAGUCGAUCCAUCGUGGGGGUGGAGCAGAGGAAGAACGGUAGCCUGUGCCUCCUCAUCUUCGACCCGGGCUGCUCUGCGGGGAACAUGAGGAAGCUGCUCGCUCGUGACAUCACGGGCGCAAGUUUGCGGCACCUGAGAAAGCACCCUGGGAGCCUGAAGCACAAUCAGUACCAGAUCGUGACUGUGGAAGGUGUGCUGUCCCCAGAGGAGAGACGGACACGGAUCGUGAACUCCAGAAGCUUGCGUGCAGAUAGGAUUCCCUGAUAUUCGGUGUUUUUAUUUUUCUGCAAUUUUCAUCAAUGUGAUUAUUUAUUGUACAGUGUGUACAUAGUUGAGAUUUUUAUUAAGAUAAUAAAGGAUGGUGAAUUCUU